AGAAAGAAGAGAUUCGAGUCCCAUUCUGCACAGCUACCCAUCGGAGAAGAGAAGAAGAACAUGUCCGAGACAACAUCGAACCCGCUUAUCAAAGUGAAGGAGAUUGAAGGGAGAGGAAGAGCUGUGAUUGCUUCCCAGUCUGUAAAAGCUGGUCAAAUACUUCUCAGAGAUUCUCCAAUCCUUAUUUACUCCUCUGUUCCCCUUCAAAGUGGGAUUCCCUCCAACUUCUGCUCCAACUGCUUCAGAAGGCUAGAAGCAUUGGUCCCCUCGUCUUCAUCCAUUACCUGCCAUUCAUGUUCAAUUAACACCCUCUUCUGCAGCCCUAAUUGUCGAUCCAUCGCCCUUGCCUCGUCCCACUCUCCCUGGGUCUGCCAAGCCCUAACUUCCAUCCGUAACUCUCACUCUCUCAGCCCAGACCUCCAAAUCCAAGCCCAGUUUCUUGUUUCCGCUUACAACCUCGCUUCUUUUUCUCCUUCCAAUUUCCAGCUCUUACUAUCACUUCAGGGUGAAUCCCCUACGACCCAGACUGCCGAAACCCUUUUCCUCCACUCUUUUAUCGCAUCUCUCGUGCCUCCUCAGAGCUUCGCUGGGGUUUCUCCGGAGCUUACCGCUGCUUUGCUCUCGAAGGACAAGCAAAACGCCUUUGGUUUGAUGCAACCAUUUGAUAAAGACAAAGAGAGAGCAGUGAGAGCUUAUGCUAUCUACCCCAAAGCUUCUUUCUUCAACCAUGACUGUCUUCCGAAUGCUUGUAGGUUCGAUUACGUUGACAAUAUCGGGGAUCGGAACACGGACAUGAUAGUGAGAGCUAUUCAUGAUAUUCCGGAAGGGCAGGAGAUUUGUUUAAGCUAUUUCCCAGUGAACUGGAACUAUGCGGACAGGCAGAGGAGGUUGUUGGAGGAUUAUGGGUUCACCUGUCAAUGUGACCGUUGUAAGGUGGAGGCGAAUUGGAAAGAGGACGACGAAGAAGGCAUGGAAGAGGACAACGACGACGAGCAAAUGGCGGGUUCCAAGGAGGACGAGAUUGCUGUGGAAGAAGAUGGUGAUUUCCCUCAUGCUUAUUUCUUCCUGCGAUACUUAUGUGACACAGAGAACUGUGGGGGCACAUUGGCCCCGUUGCCACCAUCAGAGGGUACACCUGAUAUUAUGGAGUGCAAUGUUUGUGGGCGGUUGAGAUCUCACGAAGAGAUUGAUGGAGAGGGAUCCGAUGGUGUUAUGGUGGACUAGUGAAGGUUGUAUUACCAUUACCAGAAUCAGGGGUAUUGAUUUGUCCCUCUCCCUAUUUUACCUUUC